UCCUUCCAUUUUCCAGCUCCCUAUUUCAGUCAAAAUAUUUUCCAAGAAAGUUCCCACCCAAAAAAGAAAGAAAGAAAUAAAGAAAAUCCCCAGCCAGUCCUUGGCUCCAAAUCCGAAUUAUCUCUUGUAUAUUUCUACUUCGUUUCGUUGAUUAAGUUCAUCCAAAAGAUCCGUAACCAGAUCAAGAUAAUCUCUCAUUUUUGACUCCUUCUGAUUCUUGCAGAUAAAUUCCCUCUCUUCUCUCAACUCUAAAUAUUCUUUUUUUCCCUUUUUUUUUAACUAUUAGAUUCAAUUUCAUGCCAUUUUAGUGUAUUUAUUAAGUUCUGCAGUUCCAGUCUUUGGGGUUUUUUUGGUGAUCUGUUUUCAAGCUUAGGACUUACUGUAGCUUUCAUUUUAAGCCGAAGAAUCGAGAUUUAGGGUUUUGGGGUUUUUAAUUUUCUUUUUCAUUUGAUAGCCUGAAAUCAAGUGAGAAAGUUGGGUUUUUUUAUGUGUGGGAUCUGUUGAUUAGCGUUUGAUUGAACUCUGAUGAGACGCCGCCCAGUGGCGUUGGUUACUUCAGAAGCAAUGGAGAAGGGUUCCCCUAAGAAUCAACAAACCCGGCUCUGUUUAUUAGCUUCUUUAUCAGCUUUUUUCUGGAUUUUGCUUUUGUAUUUCCAUUUUGUAGUUCUGGGAGGCAGCACUGCAGUUGAGCAAUUAGUUAUAUCAGAACCAGUCAAAUUAGAAUCUCCUUUUGUUAAUGUUGAUUCCAUCCCUGCUCGGGUGACCGAUGCCCGUAUAGAGAAGGAGAAACCACCUGUGGAACCCGUUAGGAAUACAGCUGGUGAAAGGGUGGUGAAUUACCCGUUUAUGAGAGCUUUGAGGACGGUGGAAAACAAGAGUGAUCCAUGCGGGGGAAGGUAUAUUUAUGUGCAUAAUCUUCCUCCGAGGUUUAAUGAGAACAUGCUUAGGGAGUGUAAGAGUUUGAGUCUUUGGACUAAUAUGUGUAAGUUUACCAGUAAUGAAGGGCUUGGUCCCCCACUUGAGAAUGUGGAAGGGGUGUUUGAGAAUACCGGGUGGUAUGCCACAAAUCAGUUUGCAGUGGAUGUGAUAUUCAAUAAUCGGAUGAAGCAGUAUGAGUGCUUGACGAAUGAUUCUUCGAUUGCAGCUGCGAUUUUUGUGCCCUUUUAUGCGGGGUUUGAUAUAGCAAGGUAUCUUUGGGGAUACGAUAUCUCGAGGAGGGAUGCUGCUUCACUUGAUUUGGUUGAUUGGCUGAUGAAGAGGCCUGAGUGGGGUAUAAUGGGAGGGAAGGAUCAUUUUCUGGUGGCGGGGAGGAUUACAUGGGAUUUCAGGAGAUUAACUGAUGAGGAAUCUGAUUGGGGUAAUAAGCUUCUGUUUUUACCUGCUGCAAGGAAUAUGUCGAUGCUUGUGGUUGAGUCAAGUCCCUGGAACGCAAAUGAUUUUGGCAUUCCAUAUCCGACCUACUUCCAUCCUGCAAAGGAUGAGGAAGUGUUUGUCUGGCAAAAUCGGAUGAGAAAUUUGGAGAGAAAGUGGCUGUUCUCUUUUGCUGGUGCACCACGUCCUGGAAACCCCAAGUCAAUAAGAGGGCAGAUCAUCGAUCAAUGUAAGAAUUCAAAAGUGUGCAAGUUGUUGGAAUGUGAUUUUGGGGAGAGCAAGUGUCAUUCCCCAAGCAGUAUAAUGCAGAUGUUCCAGAGCUCCCUGUUCUGCCUACAACCCCAAGGAGAUUCAUACACACGGCGAUCUGCUUUUGAUUCAAUGUUGGCUGGUUGUAUUCCUGUCUUCUUCCAUCCUGGCUCGGCGUACACACAGUAUACUUGGCAUCUUCCUAAAAACUAUACUACAUAUUCAGUGUUUAUCCCAGAGGAUGAUAUUCGUAAAAGGAAUGUUAGCAUAGAGGAGAGGCUUAAUCAAAUUUCUCCCGAGCAAGUGAGGAUCAUGAGAGAGGCGGUCAUAAAUCUCAUUCCAAGGCUGAUAUAUGCAGAUCCUCGCUCUAAAUUGGAGACUCUUCAAGAUGCUUUUGAUGUUGCUGUACAGGCAGUCAUUGACAAAGUUACAAGGUUGAGGAGGAACAUUAUCAAAGGUCGUACAGAAUAUGAUAACUUUGUGGAGGAAAAUAGUUGGAAAUAUGACUUGUUAGAUGAAGGACAGCGCGAGGUUGGAGCUCAUGAAUGGGAUCCUUUCUUCUCAAAACCAAAGGAUGAGCAGAGAGAUCAAUCUGCAGAAGCUGCAAAAAAUUCUUGGAAGAAUGAGCAGAGAGAUCGAUCUGCAGAAGCUGCGAAAAAUUCUUGGAAGACUGAGCAGAGAGAUAAAUCAUAAUUGGAAGUCAUGAAGCAGUAUAUAAAUUGAACUGAAGCUUAAUGCACCCUCCGAGUCUCAAAGCAAGAGUUACUGUUUUGAGUUGGGUAGAUUGCAGGUAUAACCUUGUGAAGGCCUUAUUGUGCAUCAACUACAGAUACUGCCACCAAGCAUAUCAGGCCCGAAUCCUUGUUUCAAACUAAAACAUAGAUAAAUAUUCUCUGCACCAAACACAGCCCUUGAUAAAGAAUUUUCUCCUUUCGAGCUACCAUUUGCGUAGUGAUUCUUUAAAACGUAUUGUUGUAGCUGAGAUUUUGUCAGUUUGUCUGUCUAUGUUCCUGUCUUAUCAAUGCAUAGAAGAAAUAAUAACUAAUAACUGGUGGUUUUUGCUUCA